AUGGAGCUUGUAGCGUCUUCAGACAUCGGAGAGCGUGUGUUUAAAGGUCUAAUUGAUAUUAAAACACGUCUAGAUCAAACAACACAAGAAGAUACUUCAUAUCCUGAUCUCUUUGAUCAGUUUAAUGCCCAAUCCGAGCCUCAGAAUUAUUUCUUUGAGCCCUAUACAUCCCAAUGGACACCCCAAAUGACACAAAAGGGUACAAUCAUUCCACUACCAACUGCUAUUGCUGCUACUUUCGAUGAAACAAAGACAUUAUCAUUAUCUGGUCUCUUACCUGAACUUUACUCUGUCUGGACAUCAAUUGAUACACGUCUUUUUCUAUGGAGUUAUGCACAACGUGGUCGUUUUAUUGCAAUGGAAUUUGAUCAAGCAAUUGUCUCAAUUGGACUCGUACUUUAUCCAGCUACAGGUGUAUUUACAUCGAAAGUACGUCAUGUACUUGUAGUAGCAACGACAGUUGAGGUUCUACUUGUUGCGAUUGUGUGGGAAGAGAAACAGACGACAGCAAGUGACGAGAUGAUUGGACCCAUGACGUAUAAACUACAGAGAACAAAGCUCAGUGUUAGUACGGACAAGUGUAUUGUACGUAAGAUUGUUACGACAUACAAUGGUCGUAUCUUUUUUGGAGGAUCGGAUGGAGCACUGUACGAAUUCUUGUACGCACCUGAACAAAAGGCCGCAGCCGAUCGCAAUUCGUUACUUGGAGCAGCAUUGACAAAUGUACCUGGAGUCGGAUCGUCUGAUGCAUGCCGAAAGGUUGCGCAUACGACGAGUUAUGCGCAGUAUCUACCAAGAUUUCUUGCUGGAUUAGCUAAUGUGCCGGGCAAAGUGAUUGACAUGUGUGUUGAUCAGGCACGACAUAUUCUUUAUAUGCUACAUGAUGAUGCUCAAGUGAGUGUGUUUGACUUGGCAGCUCAUGGACACGAUUGCAAGACAGUGUGUGCUGUUAAUCUCCUUGCAGAUGGUGCAAAAUACGCGCGUGAGAAUCGACGAACACGUGUCUCGUGCCCCGAUGAACGACUUUUCCAGCCGGCAGAGGCUGGAACGCCUAAUGCUUUGAAGAUUGUGGCAUUAUCUACUGUUUCUCCGGACGAGUCGAAGGUCGUCACACUGGUAGCUGUGACUUCGAACGGUAUCCGAUUUUAUUUGACAGCAUACUCGCGACGGUAUGCGUACUCGGAAUCUACUACUCAUGGCAAGGCGAAACGCCCAUCGAGACUCGAGAUUCUCCACAUUCGACUGCCGCCUCCAGCAAUGGCAUUGCGCGACGCGCCUCCGUAUCAUGCCAAGGAGGGCAUGCAGCCAGGUUAUGCCCCAGGCAAGAGUCCAGGCGCAGUACACGUGGCGUUUUACCGCAAGGGUGUUUUUUUGUGUAUUGAAGGACGACGCGAUCAGCAAGAUCAGCUCGUGGGCAUCACACAUGACCCCAUUAGUACGACAGCCCUUCCUAUAUCGAGUGGUUUAGCGGUGAGGAAACCUGCAAUCCGAGAGUCUGUCUCACUGCACACUUGCAUCGGUAAAGUCGUGGAUAUUCAGGAACUCGAUCCAUAUUCUAGCGAGGAACCCGAUAGCGCAUGGAUGACCCAGGUGGAAACUGGUGCGGCGUCAAGUUCUAGAUCAGAGGGAUUGAGCAGCGGCAGCAAGCGGUCGUUUGACGAAAUGUCCACUGGCAUUCCUACUGGAAAAGCUAUUGAAACUGUGCCAGUGGUUGGUGAGAUGGCGCUUAUGUACUCCCAGCCUUCACGACAUUUUCUUUGUUUAACAAAUGCAGGCAUUCAGGUUUUUAAGAAGAUUCGACCACUGGAUCAGCUGCACCGUGUACUUCUUCUCUCGCGAGGCCAUGAGCUUAAUGCUGCCCUAGUUCCUUUUGUUCGUUGUUUUGGCGAGAUUCAAGUGGUCUGUAUGCUGAUUGCGCUGGCAUGUGGUGUUCCAACGGAUCCUCUGGUCAGUGAGACCUCCACAGCGGCUUCGCUGGUUGCCCCCAAUCGGGGCGGAAUGACAACGAUGAAGAGUGACGAGUAUAUUUACACGGCCGCAGUACAGUGUAUUUUUGAAAUUGCUCAGGGUCCCCCUGACAACGUGCCUAUCGAGCCAGCAGGUACAUCUACAGCCAAUGGCUCGUUUAGUUCAGCGGGCAGUACGCGAAUCGUACUUACCACAGAAUUUGGCAUGUCAUACCAACAUGACGGUCUUGUUGCUUUUGCAUGUCGUGUCCUGCGACCGCUCUGGACAACGAAGACACUUGGUCGACGUGUGGUUACUCGCGUGUCUGCUAAUGCUCAUAAUGACGUUAAGCCAUCGGAUAAGGCACCUGGAUACGUAACCAGCUUUGAGAAUAUCCAUUCCCCUCAGAAGCUGGAUGAAAUCCGUGAGAUUUUGUUUCAACUACGACAAUUAAUGGAAUCUGCCGGUCCGUUUGCCGUGUCCAUUAGCGGCGGUGCUGCACUUGAGAACAAUCCUAGUUUGGAUGGCAUUCUAGGGGAAUCUGCUGAAGCUGGGUUAUCGCGUGUGGCUGAGUUGGUGUUGCGCCACCAGCAAUCGCUUAGUGAAGAUCAACUGAAGCACGAGACGCGCUUUAGAGCCGAACAGCGCUCGAUGUACUACCUCUACCAGUUAGUGCUGCGCAGUAUUGAAGCUAUAUCACUGCUGCGGAUUGCACAGGAAUACAAGGUGUCACUGGAAGAACCUCUCGCUCGUCUCAGCUUCAGUGACUUGGUGACGACGACGGAUGGCGUGUCAGCCGCCAAGACAAUGACAAAGGCGUUAAUGCGUGGAAGUAACGAGAAUAAUCAGUUUUUAAUCAAACAGUUACGCGAGCAGUGCCCCACGUUCUUCUCUGUAUCAGACCUAUGGCACUACCAAGGGUAUCGAAGUCUGUCCAACGCCAAGCUCAGCGGUUCCCCUGCUGCUCGCGAUAACUUUUUGAAGGAGUCGCUUGACCAGUUCCUGAAGUCGUGCCACAUGUGGGAUACAGAGGACUGCCUGGACGUUUUACAAUGCAUCUGCGAAGAUUACACACUGCUAAAUUUCUACGAAGGUGUCGUGAAGCUGUCGCUGGCAUGCGCCAAGCACUUCCAUGACGCAGCCGCUUCUGAUCUGAGCGGUGUAAAACAGAUAUGGAAACGCCGAUGCUUUGGUUGUAUUUUGCUGGCGCUACAUCGGCUUUUGGGUGGAGAAAAGAAUAGCUCAGCACGCGCUGUGGCGAACGGGGCUAGUCCGCAAGCUGUCGAAGAAAUGGUGACACUCGAUGACGAUACGCGGAAUAAGCACGUGGAAGAGUUGUUCCACUUUGCGCUAGCGUCUGAAGAUGAGAGUUUUCAUAACCUGCUGUACACGUGGCUGUACGAGCGUGGUCACUCCCACUUGCUGACUUCCAUCCGCUCUCCGUACAUUGAAGAGUUUUUGAAAGAGAAAGACCAAGAUCUGCUUGUAAAGCUUUACAUGGACCAGCACAAGUAUCUUAUGGCGGCAAAAGUGUGGUGGGCGCGUGCCCAUGAGGACACCAUGGAUGGCGACGACUACGCCACUUCUUCCGCCUUAGUGGUCUCUAACAAUCCGGAUAUUGUCAAGCGUCAAUAUUAUGUGUCAAAGUCUCUGACUUGCCUGAAGAGCUUGGAGGAUGUGGGUGAAGCCUCAGAUGCCAUUCGAGAAGUGCGCGACGUGCUGGAUGUGUUGCAGUUGCAGGUGCGUGUUUUGAAGGCUCUUGAGCAAAAGGUGAUUGAGUUAGAGAUGUCUUCCUCGACCAUGACCGAUUCGUUGCGUGAACGGAAGAAGGAUGUACAGCUUCUCACCUACAAGCUGUUCGACGCGUCUACAUUAUACAACCGAUUUGCUUCUAAGUAUGAUAUGUGGGCUGAGUGCUUAUAUAUAAUUCAUGUUUGCAAGUCGGAGGAGGCGGAUGUGAUCACGACGCUUUGGCGAAAGGUCAUUUUUAGCCUGCUACCUCAAUCUUCUAAUAGUGCUGCAUUCAACGCAUGGCGGUUAGACCAAUGUGAGAAGGCUGGACUGCUUGCUACGCCAAGUACUGGAAGCGGGGGUUCUUCUUUUGAGAGCGGAAAUUGGAUUGGCCAGAUGCAGUGCAAAAUUUUGCGUCUGGGCAAGUCGCUCUACUUUGAAGGUGACGAUAAGCACAGCGGCUCUGCUACUGAUACCAGUGACUUUGUAUUUCCUGUUGGGUUUCUAGCCGAUUUAUUAGAGUGGAUAUCGCUCUGGUAUAUUCGAUCAACGGGUGUUGGUGCCUUUGCUGGCAACAUCGCCUCAGCCUCGGCUAUUGACGCUACAACCUUCAACUGGGUGCUCAAGUUGUUUUUAGACGUGGGCGUAGCGCACCGAGUGCUCCUGAGUUAUUAUGAGCAGCUGUACCGCGAGCAGCCUGAGCGGCUUUACCGCGAGGGUUGGACACUGCACUUGCUGCAGUCUAUGCUGGCCAUUAUUACUAUCUGGAAGAAGCACGCCGUUUCUCCACGCGCCGGCAAGGACCAGCUAGCGGAGUUUGCUGCCUGCUGUCCAACUAUUGUCGACCUUUGUGAUGGCUUUAUAACUGAUCUACGUGCCACAUCACAAGACGAGAACAGUGAAACACAGACAUUGCUAGACCAAUUUCGCCGAGUCAAGAGCGAAUUGUUGCAUUUUCGGACCCUCAUGUAG